CCCCCUCCCGCGAGUGGUACGUUCCGCGGGGUGGCGGAAGUCUCGCUCUGCCAUGUUGAGCGCUUUGUUUCUGUAAGUGAGACGCGAUGAUGGAGCAGAGCUGGAGCUCUUUCUUAUUCCAGCAGGCUAAUGAAGCCCUUCACCACCAGCACCAGGUGGCCCCAAGCAGCCUGCUGCCACUGCUGAACUCUGAGCCCCAGGACCAGAAGCCUGUGAUGCCCAUUCCUCUGGACCACAAGCCCCCCGUCAGCGCCGCCGAGCUCCUCAAGGACAAUGUAGCCAGCGGGACUGGGGGAGGAGGGGGUGGCAAUGGCGGAGGAGGUGGUCCAAUGCCCGUGGUUAAGAAAGAGCACAAGAGCAAGACCCCAUUCAUCUGCGGCUACUGCAACAAGGCCUUCCGCGACAGCUACCACCUCCGCCGACACGAGUCCUGCCACACCGGCAUCAAAAUGGUGUCCAGACCCAAAAAGAUGGCGCAAGCGGCACCCACCAUGGUUUCGCUCAUCUCCACCAUGCCCCGUGAGAACACAGGCGACCCUGCCUACAUCUCAACCGUCGCUGGCAUCUUUUCCACAGCAACCACUUCCACGUCUUCUGCCUCUACUGUCAUGUCCCCGACGUCCAUGUCCAACGUGACCCAACACAGUGCCCCCAAAAAGCCACCCAAACCCGUAAAGAAGAACCACGGCUGUGAAAUGUGUGGGAAAGCCUUCCGGGACGUUUACCAUCUGAACCGGCACAAGCUGUCACACUCGGAUGAAAAACCAUUCGAGUGUCCUAUAUGCCAACAGCGCUUUAAGAGGAAGGAUCGCAUGACGUACCACGUGCGCUCACAUGACGGAGGGGUCCACAAACCCUAUGUCUGUUCUGUAUGCGGAAAGGGAUUCUCGAGGCCUGACCAUCUCAGCUGCCAUGUGAAGCAUGUUCAUUCCUCGGAGAGACCUUUCAAAUGCCAAGUAACGGCCUGUACAUCAGCCUUUGCCACCAAAGACAGACUUCGGUCGCAUAUGAUUCGGCACGAAGGGAAAGUCACUUGUAACGUGUGUGGAAAGAUGCUGAGCGCCGCCUACAUCACCAGCCACUUAAAAACACACGGCCAGAAUAACUUCAGUAAUGCCUGUAACAAAGGAGAUUGGCAGUGGAACCACUCAGGGCUCCGAAAAGACAACAAUGAAGUUUGCCACUCUGCCUCCACUACACCAGUCUCGGCCACAGCCCCAAUCACCUCUGCAAUGAACCGCGGCAACACCAGCAACCCCGUUACAAUAGCAGCCCAGAUGAACAUCUCUACCAACACAGUCAACAUCACGUCUCCAGUCAGCCUGCAGCACCAGGUUACCAUCACCGGGCCUGUGAACAUUGCAUCCGUCAACAUCCCAGCCUCAGCGUCCAUGAAUAUAGCCCAUCCGGUGGCCAUCACCACGCCCAUGGCCAUGCCCAUGAACAUCGGCACCCCACUCAACAUUGCCAUGAGACCUAUGGACACCAUGCCCUUCCUGUCCCAAGUCUUGCCAUCUUCUCACUGGUAAAACCAGGGGCACUGACCAGCAUUUUUUCCUGACAUCUGAGUGGCGCGAACAAACCCAUCGCGUGGCUACAUUGCAACACUAGCAGAAGAUUUGCACGGAUUUCCAACUCUCUCUGGCCUUCGAGUAUGCUUGCGUUUUGCGCACCUGGUGAGCAGCUCUGUAGCGGGGCAUUGCGCAAGCUCCUCUGAGCACUUCAAACCCCGAAUUUAAGGACAAAUGCAAUAAUUGAUGUGCAUUUCGAACCCAUUUUUUUUUUUAUAAGCAGAGUGCCAGUGGGUUCUUCAAUGAUGUUUAAGUGUACCCUGCUAAUCAGUAUUUAAGGAAAUUCGUUUAAAAUGGACUGUUGCUUCCAUUGGGAGGAUUUUUUAAAUAUCUUUUGCAUUAUUUAGAUUUUGCGCAGGGUUGUGAGUGUGUGUGUGCGUUGUUUUUUUUUUGUGUGUAUGGAGGUGCCGUAGAUCCCUUUUUUUUUUUUUUUAUUAAUGGUGUUCGUCAUGACACUGUUUACUACUAUUCAGUUUUUAUUAGGGGAGGGCAGCUUCAUUCUCUUAUUGUUUACGUGACCAUUGUUAGAUGUCGCGUGUUUUUUUUUGCAUACAGAAGAAAGCUUUGGAGGAAGGAAAGAGUCUUGCACUGAAAGCAUAUCUCUAGUUUAAAGAGGCAGUAUUAUCUAAAUAUAAAUAUCAAGAUGUGUUCCAAAUGGUGCACUUGAUGUGGUCGCUACUAUCCCAUUUUUGUGCAGAUCUAUAAAGUCCAUGAAGACAAAGAGUAUCCUAUUUGUCAUUUAACAAUUGAGAAAGGUUCCCCCUUUGCACAAUAGUGCGGACUUCACAGCCUACUACUCUACAGUCUUUGCAGCAUUUCUUCACCAAAGUGUGGACUCAAAGGGCCAAGUGUGUCAUUUGGGAUGGGGUUUAUGGGCUGUAGGUAACCAGCUCAUUUAUAACAGCGCCAUCUAUUGGUUGGAGUACUGCGCUGAUGCCCUUUUAAAGUUUUCAUUUGGACAUUUGCCUGUUAAAAGUUUGUAUUUGUAUUUUUUAUAUGAUGUUUGCAAGAUUCCUGUUCUAAAAACAUGUUUUACAAAGGAAAUGGCUGAGAAUAGGAAAUGAACGUGAAUAAUUCCAGGAAAAUGCCUUGGAAUUAUUCAUGUUUGUUUGUAUAUAUAUUUCACUUUGAUUUUUUUUUUUUUACUAUUUGUUUUUUAAAAGUUUUUAUUAUUAUUAUUAUUUUUUUUUGCAUGU